GACUGGAGGGCUGCUUGAAACUUCACUGCAGGUUUACAGAUGGAAGGAGGGCAGUGUAACUGCUCAAAGUGGGAGAAAAGAGCUGAGUGCGCUUUAAAGUGAGGAGGGACAGAAAGAGUUCCACGCUGUCCCGGGCAGCAUGGUGCAGAAGAUGAGCCACAUAGAGAGCACCGCCGAGGCGCUCUCCUUCUUCGCCGGGGACUCCAGCUCCGACUCCGGGGCGUGCAUGGACCUGGACGCGGCCGCCGCCUCGCCUCUGUCUCCGGGCUCCGCGGCGUCCUCCGACAACCCGGCGUGGUGCAAAACCCCCAGCGGCCACAUCAAGCGGCCCAUGAACGCUUUCAUGGUGUGGUCGCAGAUCGAGAGACGGAAGAUCAUGGAGCAGUCCCCCGACAUGCACAAUGCGGAGAUCUCCAAGCGGCUGGGGAAGCGCUGGAAGCUGCUGCGAGACAGCGACAAGAUCCCCUUCAUCCGGGAGGCGGAGCGGCUCCGGCUCAAGCACAUGGCGGACUACCCCGACUACAAGUACCGGCCCCGGAAGAAGGUGAAGUCGUGCGCCUCCAAGCCGGGAGGCGGCGGGGAGAAAGUGAGCAGUGGAAAGACCUCCUCUCGUCCUCUGCGAGGGAAAAGCGGAUCCAAGUCGCCCAGCAGCAGCCGGAGCCACAAACCGGCGUGCGUCAGCGCCAAAGCGGCACAAUUUGGCUCCGAUCAGCCGUCGGAGCUUCACCACAACUCCCUGUACAAGUCCAGAGUCGCCUCCUCGGCGGAGGCCAGGAAGCCCAAGCGUGUGUGCGCCUUCGGGGCCGCGGUGAGCGUCAGCCCCGCGUCUUCCGCGGCGGUUCCAGCCAGCCCGACGCUCAGCAGCUCGGCGGAGUCCAGCGACCCGUUCAGUCUGUACGAGGAAGGCGCGGACGCUCCGGCAGGGACUCCGGCGCGCUACGGCGGCCACACGUACAGCAGCAGCAGCAGCAGCAGCAGCAGCAGCCGGCGGGCCUCCUCACCCACUCCCUCCGGCUUCCACUCCUCCUCCUCCGCCUCGUCCUCCUCCUCCUCAUCGGAGGACGAAGAGUUCGAGGACGACUUGCUCGAUGUGAACCCGAGUCCCAGCUUCGACGACAUGUCGCUGGGGAGCUUCGGCUCCUCGGUGCUGGACAGAGACUUGGAUUUAAACUUUGAAUCCGGCUCCGGCGGGUCCCACUUCGAGUUCCCCGACUACUGCACGCCGGAAGUGAGCGAGAUGAUCUCCGGUGACUGGCUGGAGUCCACCAUCUCCAACCUGGUGUUCACCUAUUGAGCCGAAAAGAAGAAAGGUGCGAAAAAAAAAAAAAAAAAAAAAAAAAAGUGAUCGCAGCCCGGCGGGCUUUGUGACGCAGCAGCGGUGGGUUCGAACCCGCGUCCUCUCGGAAGGCUAAACUUUUUUUUUUUCCGGCUGUGUGGACUGUUGGAAGAUGAACUUAACUGUGAUUGAUUUGCACGUGCGCCUAAUCAAUGUUAUUUUCGAUGUUAAAAAAAACAACAAAAAACAAAAAAAGGGACAUUUCACAACUUUUUUUACCAAUCGCCAAGUGAACUUCACCACUAAAAAGGUACACAAAUAAGACUUUUUACAUGCGACAUUUUUAUUGUGAUGUGUCACCUGGAGGGAUUUUUUUAAACGAAACCGAGGUGGGUUGAUGUGUUUUUUUUUUAUUUUUAAUUAUUUUAAAGUGGAUUUUUUUUUUUCCAAGAAAAAAAAAGUUAAGCAUGAGCUGACUUUGUUUGUAUCUUGUGCUGAGAUUUUUCUGUGAGAAGCAGUUUUAGUAUUAGGAUUAUUUAAAUGAUAGGUGGCGCUCGCUUCGGUUCUUCUCUUUAAAAAAAAAAGACAUUGAACUAAUCACCAGCUGUUGUAAUUUCUUCAGGAUUCAAAAGCAAACUUCAAAUCUGUGCUGAACUUUAUACACGUUGUUCUCUGAUUCAGGACCAAAAUUGUUCAUUUCUGAUAGGUUUAGAGAUUUUUUUCUCCAUUCCCGAUUGUUUUUUUUUUUUUUUUUUGUAUACAUUUAUUCAGAUGCCAUUUUAUACGGGAUGUUUGUAUUUAUAUACUGGGCCAAGCAUUUUUUGACACCUUAUUUCAAGCAUACAUGAUUUACGUUUUUAUUUUCUUUCUUUUUUUUUUUUUUAAAUAAAUAUUACAGGGUUGUCUGUCACAUUUCUUUCUCAGGCGAAGGGCUAGAGUUUUAAAAACACACUUUUUAGUUUCUUUUUUUAUAUUUAAAUGAACACACUUUUGGACAUUUUAAGAGAGGAAACAGUUUGUUUAUUUUCUCAGUGUAUUUUUGUACAAAUCUAUAUAGAAAAUAGGGAAGUCAAAUCGGUGUGGUGUAGCCUACUAAUACAGCUGUAUUGGAUUUCCUUUUUCUUUUCUUUUUUUUAAACGUCUUGUUUGUUUUUGUUUUUAACAUGCUGUCUUCACGUGCUCGGGGUAAGCUCGUACUUUCCUGUUAUUGCCUGCUUUGCUGGAAGAACUGCUCCAAGAGGCGAUCACAGUGUGGUGCCUGUUUUGUACAUUUUAAAAAGUACCCAGUUAAUUUGCAACGUUAUGACAGAGCUUGGUGAAUAUGUUUUUUGUUUGUUUUAAUAUACCAGCAAAUGUUCACAAGACUUUGUUUUGUUAAAUGCCUGAACAUUUCACAGUCUCGAAUGCAGGCGUGAGAUACAUGAACUGAGGUAGGAAUGUUAGUUUUCCAACAGCACCUGAAUGCAGCAUCAGUUGACUCAGCCUCCCUUCUACGUUUACAGCGCCAGUUUGCUGACGUCUUAAAGGCACAGGACCACAUUGUUUCCAGAGGCUUUUCCUGUGGCACGUUUUUUUUUUUUUUUUGCUGCAUUUUAAUAAUAAAAAAAAUCCACUUCCUUUAAAAAAAAAACAAAACAAAAAAAAAAACAAAAAAUACUUUUUUUUCCUGUUAAACAUUUUGCCUAUGACAACAAACGAGGAGAUUGUAGCUUUAAAUUUGACUUGUUUCUUGAUGUUUUUAUUGAUGUCAAAUUCACCGAUCAACCACUGGAUUGAACACGCUGUCGAUUAUAUAGCAAGCAAGGAUGAGAACAUCAAGCAUAUUCAAAUUUCUUACUUGAGUUCCGCAACAGUUGUACUGCGUUUCUCAUUGUAUUUGAAUAUAUAAUCUUUUCUACUUGUCAGCUGUUAGCUAAUAAUUGUUUUAGUAUCUUUAUGGCAUGGUGACUAGCAUUUGUAUUUCAGAUUCAGGUUAUUAGCUGUUGUGUUUUUCAGAAAAAAAGUCAAGGAAAAAAAAAUUAAAAACAAUGAACCGUGAAUUUGAGCUUUGUAUAUUGACUGUAUCAUAAAGCAAAAAGAUUGUGUGUUUAUGUAUGUUGUUGCUAUUGUGGACAGGCACUGUCUCGAACUGCGAUCUUUUACACAUCCAUACUUAUGUUUAAGGUGGUCAGUUCAGAAUUCUUUUUAUAUAUAUAUAAAAAUAUAAAUAUAAAUGAAAUCAUUUUUAAAUAUAUUAACUUUAUUUUUCAUCCAUCCUGUGCAAUAUGCUGUGUAGAAUUAUCAUUUAUUGUCUCUAAUCAUGCCAUAAGCCAAGGGCCCGUCCUUUUUUUGCGCCUUGGAGAAAGGGGAGGGGCUAAACUCAUGCCAGCUAAAGCGUGUCCAUUCACUGCCUGUCAGAUUGUUGAUAUAAACUUGUGUACAGAACUUUUUUCAAGGAAGGAAAUAAAUAUCAGCUGGAACUGAAA